GGAGGGGGCGCUGGUUGGUUGCUGCUGCUGGGUUGCUGGUGGAGCCCGGCGCUUGGGAGGAGGGAGCGGAGCCAGCGAUGUUUCCCAGUGUCACUCUCAGGGCUCUUCAGUUCAGCCUCGGGUGAAAAUGGCCACCAGGAGAAAAAACGGCAGCGACACAACCCUCCUGACUGCUCUGUCAUCCCCUUGCGCCGUCGGUUUGCGGCACUUCACGGGAUAAAAUACCAGUAUUGAGAGAAAAGGAGGAGGGUAAAGGGGGACGGGGAGAAAAAAAAGCACCAACCUUCAUCUCUCCUUCGUCCGCUCGGGACAAUUAUUUUUCCCGGAUUGAUCGUGUUUUCGGGAAAUUGGGAAAAAUGAACAUGGUGAAAAGGAUCAUGGGCCGUCCACGGCAGGAAGAAUGUAGUCCUCAGGAUAAUGCACUUGGCCUUAUGCACUUGCGCCGUCUCUUCAUGGAACUCUGUCAUUCACCAAGACACAUGACACAGAAGGAGCAGGAGGAAAAGCUCUAUAUGAUGCUGCCAGUUUUCAACAGGGUAUUUGGAAAUGCUCCUCCUGGCACCAUGAUGGAGAAAUUUUCAGAUCUCUUGCAGUUUGCUGCCCAGGUAUCGCGUUUAAUGGUGACUGAAAUUAGGAGAAGAGCCUCUAACAAAUCUACAGAGGCAGCUAGUCGUGCCAUUGUCCAAUUUCUGGAGAUUAAUCAAAGCGAAGAAUCAAGCAGAGGCUGGAUGCUUCUCACUACAAUCAACUUACUUGCAUCUUCUGGGCAGAAGACUGUGGACUACAUGACUACAAUGUCUUUGCCUUCCACUCUGGUUAAAUGCCUGUACCUAUUCUUCGAUCUCCCACAUGUGCCUGAUGCCCCUGGAGGAGCUCAGACAGAUUUACCACUUAGCGAACGACGGGCACUGUUGCAGAAAGUGUUUGUGCAGAUUUUAGUGAAACUUUGCAAGUAUGUGUCACCAGCAGAAGAGCUAGCCCAGAAAGAUGACCUCCAGCUUCUGUUCAGUGCUAUAACCUCUUGGUGUCCUCCACAUAAUAUCCUCUGGAGAAAGAGUGCAGGAGAGGUACUCAUGAUCAUAUCUCGCCAUGGACUCAGUCUCAAUGUUGUCAAAUAUAUUCAUGAAAAAGAAUGUGUGGCCACUUGUAUCCAGAACAUGCAGCAAUCAGAAGAUCUUUUACCCCUAGAAAUCGUUGAAAUGUUUGCUGGACUGUCCUGUUUCCUUAAAGACUCCAGUGAUAUAUCACAGGUUCUUUUAGAUGAUUUUAGGUCCUGCCAAGGUUAUCAAUUCCUUUGUGACCUUCUGCUCAGAUUGGAGCAAAUAAAUGAACCUGAUGCCAAAGAGGCCGUGAAAGACUUGGUUCAGUUGGUGACCUCAUUGACAAUAUAUGGGAUCAAUGAAUUGAGAUCUACUGGCAUAACUAGUGGAGCACCUUUUCUUCUGCCAGGAUUUGCAGUACCACAACCUUCUGGCAAAGGUCGCACAGUAAAAAAUAUCCAAGCGUUCUCUGUUCUUCAGAUUGCCUUCUUAAAAGCAAAAUCAAGCCAUCUUGCCAGAAUCAUCCUUGAUGCCAUUUCAGACCUCUACGUUGCAGAUAAUGCUAAUUACUUCAUCCUAGAAUCUCAGCACACACUUUCACAGUUUGCUGAGAAGAUUUCCAAAGCACCUGAGGUGCAACUCAAAUACUUUGAAAUGUUGGAGUUUAUUAUCUUCAGCUUAAACUAUAUUCCAUGUAAAGAACUAAUAAGUAUCAGCAUCUUGUUAAAGUCUAGCACCUCUUACCAGUGUAGCAUCACUGCAAUGAAGACACUUGCGAAAUUUGCUCGCCAUGAUCCUAUUUUUAGGGAUGUUUAUCGAGAAGUUGGAUUGCUUGAGGUGAUGGUCAAUCUCCUGCACAAAUAUGCUGCUCUAUUAAAAGAGCCCAUUCAGAGUUUUAAUGAGCCAGAAUACAAAGCAAAUUCUUCAUUUGAAGAACGGAAACAGCUUGCCCUAUUAGUGAUGGAGACGCUGACAGUACUGCUGCAAGGAUCAAACACAAAUGCAGGUGUUUUCCGGGAGUUUGGAGGAGCACGAUGUGUGCACAACAUAGUUAAGUACCCACAAUGUCGGGAACCUGCACUGAUGAUUAUACAGCAAUUAAUUUUAUCCCCUAGUGGAGAAGACGAUAUGGGAACAUUGUUAGGACUAAUGCAUACUGCUUCAUCUGCAGAACUGCAACUCAAAACUGAUAUUCUGACAGCUCUUCUCACUGUGCUGAGAGAAAGUCACCGCACACGAACAGUGUUCCGAAAAGUUGGGGGAUUUGUUUAUGUCACGUCGUUGUUGGUUGCCUUGGAGAGAUCCUUGAGUUAUGAACCCAAGGGAGUGUGGGAAAAUGUGAACUCAGACCAAGCCUUUGAACUGGUGCAUACGGUUAUUUGUACAUUAACAGCAGCAAUGCGUUACGAACCUGCUAAUUCUCAUUUUUUCAAAACUGAAAUUCAGUAUGAAAAACUUGCAGAUGCUUUGCGUUUGCUUGGCUGCUUCUCAAAUAGACGACAGUUAGAUUCGGUUACUUGCUGUCCUUCAAAUAUCCAACCAUUUCAAAGAAUGCUUGAAGAUGAUGCACCAUUGGAAUCUGUUUGCCCAACAUUGAAAUAUUGUAGUAAAGUUUUUUCUUGUCUCUACAAAAUGGCCACAGACUCUUUUGAUAGUCUUGCUGAACAAGUUCCGCCUUGCUUGACACAUGAGACUUCCCUUCCCUCUCCUUGGAGUACUCCAGUUCUGUCCAGAAAAAGGCCAGGCUAUCACACAGUAUCAACGCCUCCUGUGUUUCCAGCCAAGUCUGUCACAGAAGUGAAGCUACAAAAUGCGUUGACUUCCUUGCAUUCUUCUGAUCCAGUCAUAAUACAUCCUGGAGCUGUGCUUGCAAUGUUAGACCUGUUGGUGUCAGUGAGUGUCAGUGAACAAUUUGAGCACACAAUAGAUCUUCAGCUUGCAGUGGCUAAUAUCUUACAGUCACUCAUCCAUUCAGAGAGAAAUCAGCAAGUGAUGUGUGAAGCAGGGCUUCUUGCACGUCUUCUACAAAGGUGUAGUUCUGCUCUAUCUGAUGAAGAUCAUCCUCUUCACCCACCACUCCAAAGAAUGUUUGAGAGAUUGGCUUCACAGUCAUUAGAACCAGUAGUCCUGAGGGAGUUUCUCCGCCUUGGUAACCCAUUGAAUUGUGGAGCCUGGGAUAAGAAGUUGAUCAAUGUGUAUAGGAUCCACAAGCCAAGCUCUCUCAGUUGUGAAGCAGAUAUUAGAGGGAAUAUGACCACAUCUCUGGAUGGAUUUGGUUCUGAUAUUGUAUUUGGCUUGAAUGAAGAUAACACUCACUACAGGAUUAGCAAAAGUUUGCUGAAAGGGACAGAAGGCAGUACAGUACCUCUGACCAGGGUGAAGUGCUUAGUAUCAAUGACAACACCACAUGAUAUUAGGCUUCAUGGUUCAUCAGUCACCCCAGCAUUUGUGGAAUUUGAUACAGCUCUGGAAGGCUUUGGCUGUCUGUUCUUGCCUAGUUUGGCUCCCCAUAAUGCACCCAACAUUGCUGCUACCACUGCAGGAGGUGUUAAUGACGGAGCUGUUACCAGUGGACUUGGUACAGGUGAACGAUUUUUUCCACCACCUUCUGGACUGACUUAUUCAACUUGGUUUUGCAUUGAGAAGCUUAGUACUCCGAUGAGCAAUCAUCCUGUUAGACUUCUUACCCUUGUUAGAAGAUCAAACUCCUCUGACCAACACUUCAUUUGCCUUGCUGUUGUAUUUUCUGGGAAAGACCGGUCCCUGCUAGUUUCAACUAAGGAAGAAUUGCUGCAAAAUUAUGUUGAUGACUUCAGUGAAGAGUCAUCCUUUUAUGAAAUUCUUCCCUGCUGUGCCCGAUUUCGCUGCAGUGAUCUAAUUAAUGAGGGACAGUGGCAUCACCUGGUACUUGUGAUGAGUAAAGGAAUGUUAAAGAACAGCACUGCUACCUUGUAUGUGGACGGUCAACAUAUUAACACAGUAAAGCUUCAUUAUAUCCACAGUUCACCUGGUGGAUCAGGGUCAACUAAUCUGCCAGUUGUUAGCACAGUGUAUGGCUACAUUGGAACACCUCCAGCUCAGCGUCAGAUCUCUUCAUUAGUGUGGCGUCUAGGACCUACACAUUUCCUGGAGGAAGUUUUGCCUGCUUCCAGUAUCUCUAUCAUUUAUGAAUUAGGACCAAACUAUGUUGGUAGCUUCCAAGCUGUGUGUGUCCCAUGCAAGGAUUCAAAAUCUGAAGUGAUCAUUCCAUCUCCAAUCAGUUUAAUUCCUGAGGAGAAAGUAUCUUUUGGGUUGUAUGCACUGUCAGUCUCUUCACUUACAGUGGCCAGGAUUAGAAAAAAUUACAACAAGGUGGACAGCAAAACCAUAGCCAAACAGAUGGCCAUUUCCUCGCAUGAAAAUGCUACACCAGUAAAACUAUUGCAUAAUGCUGCAGGGCAUUUAAAUGGACCAGCACGGACCAUUGGUGCAGCUCUUAUUGGAUACCUAGGUGUGAGGACCUCUGUUCCUAGGCCCGUUGCCACUACAUUACAAUACAUUGGUGGAGCAGCUGCUAUUUUAGGCUUGGUUGCAAUGGCAUCAGAUGUUGAAGGCCUCUAUGCUGCUGUGAAGGCUCUUGUUUGUGUGGUAAAAAGUAAUGCACUGGCAAGCAAAGAGAUGGAGAGGAUUAAGGGCUAUCAACUCUUGGCAAUGCUGCUGAAGAAGAAGAGGACUUUGUUGAACAGUCAUAUUCUCCAUCUUACAUUUUCAUUAGUGGGAACAGUUGACAGUGGCCAUGAGACCAGUAUCAUUCCUAAUUCUAAUGGAUUUCAGGAUUUGCUUUGCGACUUUGAUGUCUGGCUUAAUGCACCAUAUGAGCUUCAUUUGUCAUUAUUUGAGCAUUUUAUUGAACUUCUCACUGAAUCAAGUGAGGCUUCUAGAAAUGCCAAGUUAAUGAGGGAAUUCCAAUUGAUACCAAAGCUUCUGCUUACUCUGAGGGAUACAUCCUUGUCCCAGAUGACCAUUGCAGCUAUCAGUAACGUGCUCAGCCUUUUGCUGCAAGGCUUUCCAGACAGCAAUGAUCUGCUCAGGUUCGGUCAGUUUUUGUCUUCUACGUUGCCUACUUUUGCAGUCUGUGAGAAGUUUAUUAUCAUGGAAGCCAAAAAUGAGGAAAAGGAAGAAGGUGUCGAUGAUGACUUGGGUGGCCUUGUUUCAGCUAAUACCAUUCUAUUGAGAAACAGACUUCUGGAUAUCUUGCUAAAGUUAUUGUAUACUUCAAAAGAGAAGAACAGUGUUAAUCCACAAGCAUGUGAAGAAUUGGUGAAGAUUUGGGGUUUUGACUGGCUUCUGAUGUUCAUGGAAGAGCACCUGCAUCCCACUACUGUCACUGCAGCAAUGAGAAUUCUUGUUGUACUGCUGAGCAACCAGUCGAUCCUUGCCAAGUUUAAGGAAGGGCUUUCUGGAGGAGGCUGGCUCGACCAGACUGACUCUGUUCUCACAAAUAAAAUUGGCACUGUAUUAGGUUUCAAUGUUGGCAGAAUUGCUGGUGGUAGAUCAACAGUGCGUGAAAUAAACCGUGAUGCUUGUCAUGUCCCUGGUUUUUAUAUCCUUCAGUCAUUCUUACCGAAACAUACCAAUGUGCCUGAACUAUAUUUCUUGUUGAUGGCCCUUUUCCUCCAACAGCCAGUUACUGAACUGCCAGAAAGCCUGCAGUUUGAUUUGGAUUCUAUCUGGACAUUUAUCUUUGGUGUUCCUGCUUCUAGUGGAACAGUAGUUGCAUCAGUUCACACAGUAUGUUCAGAAUCUGCUUUUCUAUUGUUGGGAAUGCUAAGGAGUAUGCUCAAUCUUCCCUGGCAGUCUGAAGAGGAAGGUUCUUGGCUUAGAGAGUACCCAGUCACUUUGAUGCAGUUUUUUCGUUACUUAUAUCACAAUGUCCCAGAUCUAGCUCCUCUUUGGACAAGCCCAGAUUUCCUUUGUGCUUUUGCAGCAACAGUCUUUCCCUUUAACAUCAGACCCUAUUCGGAAAUGGUGACUGAUCAUGAUGAUGAAGUCGGUUCUCCUGCUGAAGAAUUCAAGGCAUUUGCAGGUGAUACAGGCAUGAAUAGGAGUCAAUCAGAAUAUUGUAAUGUCGGGGCAAAGACUUUCCUCACCAACCAUCCUGCCAGGAAGUUUGUAUUUGACUUCAUGCGUGUCCUUGUGAUAGAAAAUUUAUGUCUUGCACCUGCUAGCAAACAGACUACUCUCAUAGACCUGCUAUUAGAGGCCUCACCUGACAGAUCAACACGUGCUCAGCAAAAAGAAUUCCAAACUUGCAUCUUAGACAGUGUGAUGGAUCAUUUAUUGGCAGCAGAUGUCUUGUUAGGUGAAGAUGCAACACUACCAAUUACCAGUGGAGGAAGUUACAAUACAUUAGUGAACAAUGUAUUUUACUUCACACAACGACUAGUGGAUAAGCUUUGGCAAGGCAUGUUCAGCAAGGAAUCCAAACUUGUGGUUGACUUUAUUGUUCAGUUGAUAGGACAGACACAAAGAUGGGAGAGAGGAGAAAUCAGUAAUUUCCAAUAUCUCAUGCAUCUGAACACAUUAGCAGGCAGAUCCUAUAAUGACUUGAUGCAGUAUCCAGUGUUCCCAUGGAUUCUUGCAGACUAUGAUUCUGAGGAACUCGAUCUUACAAAUCCUAAAACAUUUCGGAACCUGGCUAAACCAAUGGGGGCUCAGACUGAUGAGAGAUUAGCUCAGUAUAAGAAACGCUACAAGGACUGGGAAGAUCCAAAUGGUGAAACUCCAGCAUAUCAUUAUGGUACACACUACUCUUCUGCCAUGAUUGUAGCUUCUUAUUUAGUGAGAAUGGAGCCAUUCACUCAAAUAUUUCUCCGACUCCAGGGUGGCCAUUUCGAUCUUGCUGAUCGAAUGUUUCACAGUGUACGAGAGGCCUGGUACUCUGCAUCCAAACAUAAUAUGGCUGAUGUAAAAGAACUCAUCCCAGAAUUCUUUUAUCUUCCAGAGUUUCUCCUAAACUCCAACAACUUUGAUCUAGGUUAUAAGCAGAAUGGCAUAAAAUUGGGAGAUGUGUUAUUGCCACCAUGGGCCAAAGGGGACCCAAGAGAAUUCAUCAGAGUUCAUCGUAAGGCAUUGGAAUGUGACUAUGUCAGUUCACACUUACAUGAAUGGAUCGACUUGAUCUUCGGUUACAAGCAGCAAGGUGCACCUGCAGUAGAAGCAGUCAAUGUCUUCCAUCAUCUGUUUUAUGAAGGGCAGGUGGACAUUUAUAAUAUCAAUGAUCCACUGAAGGAAACUGCAACUAUUGGCUUCAUCAAUAAUUUUGGACAAAUUCCCAAACAGCUGUUUAAAAAACCUCAUCCACCAAAACGAACACGUAGCCGGAAUAAUGGGGAACCAUCUGGUGUACCACCCUCUCUGAGCUGUACCACUGACAAGAUCUUCUUUCAUCAUUUGGAUAAUCUCCGACCAUCUUUGGCACCUGUUAAAGAACUGAAAGAACCAGUGGGACAGAUCAUUUUUACAGAUAAAGGUGUUCUAGCAGUAGAACAAAAUAAAGUGCUAAUUCCUCCCAGUUGGAACAAGACAUUUGCUUGGGGAUAUGCAGAUCUCAGUUGCAGAGUUGCAAAUUAUGAAUCUGACAAGGCUUUGAUAGUAUAUGAAUGCCUGAGUGAAUGGGGACAGAUUUUAUGCACAAUUUGUCCCAACCCUAAGUUAGUUGUUACUGGAGGAACGAGUACUACGAUCUGUGUUUGGGAGAUGGGUACCUCCAAGGAAAAAGCUAAAACGCUGACCCUUAAACAGGCACUCCAUGGGCACACUGAUGCAGUCACUUGCUUGACUACUUCAUCAGCCUAUCAUAUAAUCGUCAGUGGGUCACGAGAUCGAACAUGUAUCAUUUGGGAUUUGAAUAAACUAUCUUUUGUCACACAACUGCGAGGCCACAGGGCACCAGUGUCUGCUUUAUGUAUUAAUGAAUUAACAGGAGACAUUGUCUCUUGUGCUGGAACAUAUAUUCAUGUAUGGAACAUCAAUGGAAACCCAGUGGUGAAUGUGAAUACAUUUACAGGACGCAGCCAGCAAAUUUUUUGCUGCUGUGUAUCAGAAAUGAGUGAGUGGGACACACAGAAUGUUAUAGUCACUGGACAUUCAGAUGGUGUGGUCAGGUUUUGGAGAAUGGAGUUUCUGCAGGUUCCAGAAACCCCAGCUCCAGAAGAGACUAUCAAGCUUCCAGAAAAUGAUGAUUCUUCUGCGGACGUACAGCUAGAUGGGGAUGCCCAGGAUGAGGAAAGCAGUGAUUCAGACCUGGAGGAUCAGUGCAGUACCCAGGACCCAAAACCCAAGCAAAGCGUAUCUGGCUGUCCAGCAAAUAAAGCAAAGGGCAUGUCCGGGCGAGCAGCAUGGUUUGUAGAUGGAGAUGAAUCAAAGCGUUGGGCAGAUCAACUCAGCCUGGAUGAGAAGGAUGGUUUUGUUUUUGUAAAUUACUCAGAAGGCCAGCCUAAGCUGCAACCUCAAGCUCAACAGCAGCCUCAAGUUCAAAGUCAGAUGCACUAUCACCAUCAUCAACUUCAACAGCAUUCGAUGCAGAGUGAAAUAAAACGCCAUAAUCAGCUAAAACAAGGAUACAGAUGGGAGCGACAGUUGGUAUUCCGAAGCAAAUUGACUAUGCAUACUGCGUUUGAUCGAAAAGACAAUUGUCACCCUGCAGAAAUUACUGCAUUAGGCAUUUCUAAGGAUCACAGUAAAAUUCUGGUAGGUGAUGCACGAGGUCGGGUAUUUAGCUGGUCAGUGAGUGAUCAGCCAGGGAGGACAGCUGCUGACCACUGGAUUAAAGACGAUGGAGGUGACUGCUGUUCAGGAUGUUCAGUGCGCUUCUCUCUAACCGAGAGACGGCAUCACUGCAGAAACUGUGGGCAACUCUUCUGUCAAAAGUGCAGUCGAUUUCAGUCUGAGAUCAGGCGCUUGAAAAUCUCCUCACCAGUCCGUGUCUGUCAGAAUUGUUACUACAACCUGCAGCAAGAGAGGGGAGCUGAAGAGAGCUCCAGGAACUAAUAAGUCAUUGAUUUAUCGGUGACCAAACAAGCAGAAUCCUUGUCACUCCCAGCUAUUUCAAAUGAUUUUAUGCAAAA